AUGACGUGUACUAUUAUUACCAGCAUUUUGCAGAUAAGAGAAGUGAGAUACAGAGUGGUUAAGGGAUCGGUGACAUUCCAGGAUGUGGCUGUGGACUUCACCCCAGAAGAGUGGCAGCUGCUGGACUGUGAUCAGAGAACCUUGUAUUGGGAUGUGAUGCUGGAGAACUUUAGAAACCUCACCGCAGUGGGAAAAAAAGCAUACAAGAGAAAAAAACCCUUUGAAUUCAAUGACUGUGGGAAAGCCUUUAACAGUAAGGGACACCUUAUAGCCCAUCAAAAAAUUCAUAGUGGGGAGAGAUCCUUUGUGUGCAGUGAUUGUGGGAAAGCAUUUGUGCAUGAAGCACAACUGGUGGUCCCCCAGAGACUUCACACUAGAGAGAAGCCUUAUGAAUGCCAUCCGUGCGGGAAGUUGUUUACUCACAACUCCUCCUUUACCCAACAUGUGAAAUCUCAUGCACUCGAGAACUCGUUUGAAUGUAAGGAAUGCGGGAAAACCUUUGAGUACAGUUUAUCCCUUUAUAAACAUUCUAGAUUUCAUAUAGGAGAGAAAUCCUACAGAUGUAGAGAAUGUGGCAAAGCCUCAGUGCUUGUCAUGCAUCAGAGGAUUCAUACAGGCGAGAGACCCCACGGGUGUACGAACUGUGGAAAAGCCCUCAUCAAGAAGUCACAUCUCCUUAAACAUUGCUUAACUCCUACAGCAGAGCAACAAAACAAAUGUAGUGCAUGUGGGAGAUGUUUUAACCGGAAGACACAUCUCACUGUCCAUCAAAGAACUCAUAAACACAUGGAAGCUUUGUGAAUGUGGGAGAACGUGCAGUUAGCCUUUUAAUAAAGCAGCAAAGAAUUAAUAAUGA